AUGUCCGAUAUCGCUUUGCAACUAGCAGCUUUCAGCACCUGUGAUGUGUCUGACUGUCUACUAAAUAUGUAUGGCGAUCCUGAAGGCGGUUAUAUCCCUAAUCUGCAUCAAUGGUCUGGACAACAUGGGGAUACCCUGGUGGGCCAGGCUUACACUGUUCUUUUCGCCCCUCACGAUGAUCCUCGGCCAGAAAUUAACUACAUCGAUGCGGUGCCCGAAGGUAGUGUGGUCGUGAUGGCACUGACGCUCCCGAUGCAGCUAGAAGCCGCGCCAUACGUAAGGAUUUCGCAGGCUAUGUACGGUGGCCUGAUGUCUCGAAGAGCUCAAAAUCUUGGCGCUAAAGGUACAAUCGUUUUUGGUCGUAUUAGAGACCUCGCAGAACACAGAGAAUUAAACUUUCCCGUUUACAGCUAUGCAUUGGGAACAUGCUCGCCAAAGAUGGCUGUAAAGCCCGUAGCAGUGCAGGUUCGGUUGCACAUCUUAUGUUGUGAAGCUAAAAUACAAAAUAUACGUCCAGGGGAUUAUAUGGUGGGCGACGAAAAUGGGAUUGUUCGGAUCCCUACUGAAAAAGUUGUUAUGCAAGACUUCUUCCAUUACAUGCACAAGUCGGUUGCGGCAGACAGGCUCAUCGCGCAGGAUGUCGCAGAGGGGAAGCCACUGAAGUCGUCGCAAAACAGCCGGAGAGCGGUACUGAAAAAUGUACUAUCGGGGUUUGAUACUUCAUGGCGGCCGAGGUGA